UCUCAGUCUUUUCUCUGGUACUUCUUAUGCGCGCAUUGAGUGAAACGGAACGAUUCUUUAUGUAGUCUAUACGCAUUAUGCAUGCAACGGAACGCACCCUUGUUUGAACAAAAUGUUGGAGGGACUUGUAGCUUGGGUGCUGAAUAAUUAUCUCGGCAAAUAUGUGGAAAAUCUAAACACAGAUCAGUUGAGCAUUGCCUUGUUGUCAGGGGAAGUUGAGCUAGAAAACUUACCCUUGAAACGGGAAGCUUUGCGUCAUAUUGGUUUACCAGUAGAAAUUAAAGCUGGAUUUAUCGGCAAAGUAAGGUUACAAGUACCGGUUAGACAAAUAAGAACAGCAUCCUGGGUGAUAGGUAUAGAACAACUAUAUCUAGUAGCUGGGCCAAUUAAUUUGAAUGAGUACGAUAAUGAAGCUGAAGAACAAGCAAUACUGGACUACAAACUUAGUCGAUUGGAUGCCUUAGAAGCUAGAUGGAGAGCUAAUAUGGAACAUGAUUCUGGGUAUUACGCUUCAAGUUACAGUUCAUGGUUGAAUUAUGGUACUUCUCUUGUAACAAACAUUAUUGAAAAUCUUCAGUUGAACAUUAAAGAUGUUCACAUCAGACACGAAGAUGAUGUUACUUUACCAGAUGACAAUGCUGUUGCGUUUGGUAUCAAAAUUGGAGCAUUAACUGCUCAAAGUUGCGAUGCUAGUUGGAUACCCGGUUCUACAUCUUGGAAUUUAACAGAUGCAUCUUUUAAACUAAUGGAACUUGAUAGUCUUUCUAUUUAUUGGGACCACGUGAAGAAAGAUCAACUUUUCGGAGGUCUUAAUCUAGGUGAUCUAGCUAUUGCCAUGAGUGACUCUAAAAAUGUGCUGAAACAGCAUAUUUUAUUACCAGUAAAUGCGAGGGCUCACAUUAAGAGAGAUCGAACCGAACGUCCUCUAAGAUCUAUUACUAAGCCACGUAUUGUAAUAGAUUUGCUCUUGGAUGAAGUACCGUUGUCUAUAACGGACGUUCAGUACGAAGAGAUGGUUAAAUGUAUCAAAGAACUCGAACGUAUAGAUCGUCGUAAACAACAGUGGCGUUGUAGACCAACGUUACCUAUUAAAGAGGGAUAUAAGGAAUGGUGGAGGUAUGCUGCUAGAUGUCAUCUUGGCAGAGAUACGCUUAAACUUAAACUAUCUUGGGAAGACAUGCUUCUCAAAGCCAGAGAGAACGUUUGUUACGUACAAGUGUACGCUAAAUUGUUAGGUACACCUACGUCGAUUUUACCUCCUGAAACUAAGAUGUUGAAAGAGAAGGUCGAAUACGAGAGGAGUUUCGAGCAACUCCGAGUUUUACGAGAACUGGCUAUGCACAAGGUAAAACCCGUGAGAUCGCAGCGAGAAUCUAACGGAGAAGUACCGCAGGGACGCGGCAUGCUCGAGCACUGGUUCCCGCAGUGGUGGGGCUGGUACUCGAAGACGUCUCACAGCAACAACGAAGCAACACCAAACGGAGGUAGUUCGACCACUUUUGACGGCGAGUUACUAGACGUUCUAGCGGAUACCGUAGACGAUGACACCUUACUGCGUCGCGAUAUGGUAUUUGGACAAUUCAAUUUCGCUUUGGUGCAAGGCGCGAUAUCGCUGUGUACCGCGAAAAACGGCAACAAUACCAAGACUGUGAUAGAGCUGAAAUUUGAGAGAGUGAACUUAUGUUACGAAUCACGACCGAGAUCCGGAUCUCACAAGUUCUCAAUCAGUUUGGGCGCGUUGUAUCUGCACGAUUUUCUCACUGAGAACUCUACGUUUCCUAUUUUAGUACAGCCGCAAGUCGCAGUGAACAGCUCGUCCUCGCGCAUUCGUAAUUCAUCCGAGAAAUUGACGAAGCAGAUAUCGUGUCAUUUGUUCGAAUUAAUUUACGAGAAGAGACCGCUACAUAUUAACGCGGAUCACCUGUUGCACGUGUACUCGCAAUCUCUGGAUGUCGUGUAUAAUCCGUCUGUGAUAUAUUGGUUGAUAGACUUCAUGUGUAAGCCGCACCGAUCAGUGUCAUCCAAUCAGCAACUGCAGGCAAUGAAACGUCGUACGAGAAAGCAACUGAUCAAAAACUGGGAGCAAAUUCUCGACAGUGACUUUGUGUAUCGUUCUUCGUGGGAUUUACAAUUCAAGAUAUCCGCGCCACAAAUUUUACUGGUCGAAAACUUCGUUGAUUCUAACGCUGCUGUGGUGGUAGUCGACUUUGGCAAAUUACACCUGUUGAACGACGCGAAUCUUAAUCAGGUACCUCUGAAGUCGGAAAUGAUUAACGGCGAAGAGGGUGAAAAAGAAGACGAAGAGGAUGAAGACGAAGAAGAUGAGAGAUACGAGACACCUUGCUCGACUCCGCCUGGAAGUCAGGAGAAUGGUUCCCUCCACGAUUUCCAAGGUUUAUCCGAAACAGAAUUACACAAGAAAUUGUACGACCAAUAUUCAAUCGAUCUGGUGGACUUGCAGAUUUUAGUGGGAAAGGUGAAAGACAACUGGAAACAUGUUCGCACGAGAGGCAUGUCAACUUUGCACUUUCUCGAGCGUUUCAACAUUUCGUUGCAAGUAGAACGACGAGUAUUCACCACUUCUGAUCCUAACUUUCCGUCGGUCACAGUAUCCGGUAACUUGCCGAGACUAGUAGUACACGUAAAUGAGCAGAAAGUAGGUGCGAUACGUUUGAUGUACAAUUUACUGUCAAGCUUUUCCAAAUCUGCCGGUAUUCCUCCGCAAACGGAAAUUAUUAAUCUGAAAGAACCUGAAAGUCCCAGGAAAGAAGAAAAUCUAGAUCGUUCAUUGAGUCAUGCGGUGAUGGUACAAUUUAUCAUCGAUCGGAUGACCUUUGAAUUGCAAUCGAGAGGUCGCAGCGUCGCGGAAUUGCAAGUGUCUGGCGUUCGGGCAGCUCUUAGCAAGAGAAUGACAGAUUUGAGUGUCUCUCUGUCUGUCCACGGACUUCUUCUGGUUGACGCUCUUCAAGAAUUCGGACCAGAUUUCGAGCUAUUGGUGGCCAGUCACAAGCACGUCGGAAUGGAUAGCAUUUCUGGCAGUUUAAGAGACUCCGAACCUACAUCGCCUGUCUCGCCUGAGUCACCAGAAUCGCCGGACUUGACGAAACCACCGCGAUUGACUUCGCCUAUCGCUCUGACAAACGCACUGUCCAAUUUGGCAAAUAAAACCAAAAGCCCGUAUUCGCCUAGAAACAAUUCGUUGAUAGAUUUGGAGAAGUUGGACUCAGAGGCGUUGAUUGUUGUGGAGUUGACACUAGUCGACGAUCCUAUAGAGAAUCUGAGAAUGGCGAACAUACAAUUCAACAAUCUCGACAUCAUAGCCAAUCAAGAGACAAUAGUUGAGUUGCUGGGUUUUUUUCAGAGGAUCUUGCCGUUGCACAAGUCGAGGUCGAGAGCAUAUAUCGCGGGUCGGGAUGAUUCCAUCUCGAGUCAAAAUAUGGAGACGAAAUCGGCAUCGACAAGAACAGAGAUUAUUUUCGAUUUUCAUCGGUUGAACGUGCUGCUCUUGCGCGCGAUCGUGCAGGAUAAUCACUUGGUAGGACAGAAGAUCGCCACCGCAACCAUGUCGGAUGCGCGCAUACAGGCGACUUUGGCUGCGAACACGUCGAUCUCAGGCUCUCUCGGUGGGGUGCAAGUUCUCGAUCAGACGUCGAUCGGAAAGACUCAUCAGCGAAUAAUCAGCGUAGGUAGGGAUCCGUUGGCGGAUCCUCCUUCGCACCAUCCUCUCGAGCACUUCGCCGUUGGUCUGACCGAUCAACAGCCAGAAGCGUUCAGAUUCAUGGUGAACCGAAACACCAGACAAACUAGUGAGGAGGACUGUGCGGAGAUCGAUCUCGAUCUCACGAUACAUGUUGCCAGUGUCUGGUACACCCACGCGCCACACCUUAUAUCAGAGUUGCGCUCGUGUGCCGAUGAAUUCAAACAAUAUCUGAGCAACUUUGCGCGUCAGAUCAGCGCGGCUGCCACCGAUAUGGCGAUCGGUUUAGUGAAUGCCGACGAUUGGACAAUUCCACCACGUAAACGUCUACCGAGCAUCUCCACGAUUGAUCUUGACAACGCAACAAACAUAUCAUUAAAAUUAGACGUACUUCUGGAAAGUCCUGUGCUUGUGAUACCGCGUUCGUCGCACAGCAGACAGGUGUUCGUGGCCCAUUUGGGCACGAUGUCGUUGCGACACGAGCCGCAUCUAGGAUCCAUGUCAAAACACAAGGUUACGUUGGAAGUGCGCGAUAUGAAUCUUUAUUCCCUCGAGAUAUCCGCCACUGUCGGUCAAUCUCAGAAUAAUCUACCUAUGAGGGCUGAAGAAAUGUAUUCGUGUAAGGAGUCUGGGAAGCCGAUAUUGCACGACACAACACUCAAAAUCCUCGUGGAGAAGCAGAGCAUGUUAACGCAGAGCAUGAACUUUCUGCUGGACGAUUCCUGCGGCGAAUUUACGAGCAAUAGUCCGAUUGUACAGGUGCACGGGGCUGUGAUAACGCCACUGAAGGUAUCUUUAUCACGCGGUCAGUACGAACAACUGCUCGACACGACUAAUCGCUUGUUCUCCAUGCCCACCGUAACCACCGCCGCUGCCGUCGUCCCGGAAUACGAUCAAGUUGACGGAAUAUCCGACUAUUCGGAAAAGCUCGAUCUCUGCGUGAAAGUCUCUUUCGAGUUGCCAACCCUCAGUGUGAUGCUGAAACAAGCGCAUUUGGAACAAUCUCUGGUGGAGCUGUCGAUGCGUGACUUCGUCGUCAAGUACGAAAAACUACAGAGAAACGAAUCAAAUGUGCAGGUCGCGUUGCGUUCCCUCUUAAUGGAAGAUCUUCUGUGUCCGGUCGACUCGCGACAUCGUUACAUGAUGCGAUCGUCGGCGCCCGCACGUGCCAAAUUGCCUACCGGGGUUUCGAAAUCGUGUCCGGAUCUUGUUUUCGCGCGCCAGUACAAGACCAUCUACAGUCGCGGCAGCUUACCAGAUCGUUUAGAAACUGCUACUCUGUACGGCGCGAUCCCGGCACACUGGCGCAGAAAACCGACGAUCUCGUCGGCCGACACACCGAACACGCCGCCACCAUCGCCAGGUGGUAUCAAUAGCGAAGAAAACUUGGUGCUAAUGAACAUUACCAUGACAGAGCCCGAAGAGAAAUGCGUUCUUCCGGAAGAUCGAUUCUAUCGUAAAAUGGUAACCGUAGACUUCAACUGCCUGGAUUUAGUGAUAAGCGUGGAAUCGUGGAUGGUAGUAUUUGACUUUUUUGGGAUUGCAGGCUUGUCCGGAGCGACAAAUAGCGAAGUUACCGCGCAUCGAGCCACACCUGAUAGCGAUCGCACCGGCGCGAGCAAGAUAGAUGAAAACAAUUUGCCAGUGCGAUCGGAAACCGAGAUAGAUGUGAGAUCGCUAACAUUGGUGUUGACGCAGCAGGAGCGCGAGAUAGCGAAAGCCAAUGUGUCCAACGCCAGCAUGCACAUCCUUAAAGGAGAGAACGGCAAGACUAAAGUGUCGGGAUCGUUGGGUUCGAUGUCGUUACUGGAUCUGACGCCACACGGCCGAUUUUAUCGCGAGAGAUUUCUGUCGUCCGGCAGGAAGGCGCUCAACUUUCAGUAUUCGAGCUAUAUCGAUUACGAGGACCGACCAUACGACGCACGACUCAAACUCGAGAUGUCCGCCGUGCAUUAUGUUCACACGCAGAGAUUUGUGGCAGAAUUACAAAUGUUCUUCGGCCAUUUUUCGCAACUUUGGAGCAUCAUGCGAAAUCUACGGGCCGGCGCUGGCGCCGUUAUAGACAUGAACAAGCGCAGCACGCGAUUAUCGCUUGAACUGCACGCCGGCGCGCCGGUGAUAUUACUGCCAGUAAGUUCCAGAUCUGACCAACUGAUCCUGUUAGAUCUGGGAGAGCUCACAGCGCACAACAGAUUCGACACAUCGACGAUUGUUCCAGACUGCUUAUUGGAUGUAAUGCUGCUCGAACUGGUCAAUAUGGACGUAUACGCAGCGCAGCGACUAAACUGUAGCGACUCAUCGAGACAAAACGUGGACGAAGAUGCUUUGAUAGUUGGCGGUUUUCUAAUCAAGAAAAUGGGUUCUUCGUUGCUCACAGAAAAGUGUCAUUUGAAGUUGCGCAUAGAACGGAAUCUUGAUACCUAUAUCAGCCGCGACAUACCUGAUCUAAGCGUGCACGGAAUAUUAUCGACGAUGGACUGUGCUCUGGACCCGGCACAAUACAUGUUGAUUCGCGGUCUUCUUUCCUACAACAUCGGCGAGAAUUUGGACGAUUUGCGUCUGUUUGCGCAGAACUUGAAUCAAACAGUGGAAUACGCGAUCCCGGUGGACAAUCGUUCAAAUAUAUGGACUCGAUCCUGCAUAACUCUCGAGUUAGUGAACGUCACGGUUAAGUUACAUCCGAGUCACAAUAUCGCAGCACUGGCGUGCAUAAAUUUCAUUAAGUCACGACUUACGUUGGAUUCGCUAAGCGACGGCUCGCAAGACAUCGAUCUGGUGUCGCAAGAAAUUUUGGUCACUGACACGCGUUUCCAACACGAGCCGGCCAAUCGUCGGUGUAACGUAUUCACGCAAAUUUUACAGCCGUUGAGAAACUCGAUUGAUCCUACUCAAGUUGGCACUGCGAAGGAUCGUGUUCAGGCCGAAGUGCAUCACCGAAAGCGCAAGUCUUAUGCAGCGACCACAAUCCUGCUGCAUAGCAUGCGACUGACCGCUAUUCUGGACUGGUGGGAAGCUGUGCGAGACUUCCUGCUACUAAAUUCUCCGGAACCGGAACCUAUACUUGGCGCCAUGCAGCUGUCACUUGUCAAUCAAGAGUUCGAAACCAUUGAAGAUGCCAUCGCUGCUCCCACUGUCGUUGCCGAGACCACCGCUGUAACCGCCGCAUCUGCUGUACCGUUUGAACUUAAGAUUAAUAUUACAGAUUCUGAACUUGUCAUCGUUGAGGACACUUCGAUUCUCGACACCAAUGCUGUGAUUCUCAAGUCCACUGCUGUUCUGUCAUAUCGUUCGACGCCGCAAGACGGCGAGAAACCUCUCUCUUGCAAUCUCUCACACUGCGAAGUGUUCUCGUGUGUCUUGGGUCUGGAGGACGACACCGCCUUGUCGAUUAUUGAUCCUUUCGGAGCAAGCUUGGAUCUAACUCGAGACAAAUGUAUGGAGAUCCAACUGCAAUCAUUAUGUGUGAGACUGAGUUACCACGACGUGACUAUGUUUUCUAGAAUGUUAAGUUCGCUUCCCAAGCAAACCUUAUGGGCUAAACAAAGAUCGAGCGAAGCAGUGACAGCAACAAAAGACAAUAUGAUAAACAGCCAGGUGUCAAAAUUAAUCAGUUUGGGUUUUGCCGAAGCUGAUUGUAGAAUUGCAUUGAGCCGUUGCAACGGCCAGUUAGAUGACGCCGCUCUUUGGCUGACGCAGAACGCAGAGCCGACAAGUUUUGAGACAGCUGUGGCGAGUAACGAGUCUAUGUUUCGCGUUGUGGAAUUGCAAGCGUCCUGCAUAAGGAUCUGUAUUAUCGAUGACUGUCGCGAUGCGGAUGUACCGUUGUUAGAAAUUACGCUAGCGGACUUUAGCAUGGAAAAGAUGACUCAACAGCCUGGUUUGUUGUCGGCCACUUUCAGCGUGGAUUACUAUAAUCGAGUAUUGAGCGGUUGGGAACCAUUUAUUGAACCUUGGCAAGCAAACAUACGUUGGGAGCAAAUGCUCACCAGCUCGCUCGACCCAAAAAGACUGCACUUGUCGAUUGAUUCUAACGAUUCCGUGAAUGUCAAUGUAACUCUGACAUUAGUGGAAUUGGUGCAAAUGGUUAAAUACAACUGGAUGCAGGAUUAUUAUUUAUCCAACGGAGGUAUAACCACUGGCAAAUCGUCAACAAAAGGACAGGUAUAUCGACGCCGAUCACCUUUUAUACCUUUCGCCCUGAAGAACGACACCGGCUGUAAACUCUGGUUUAAAACGUUUAUUGCUACUGCGGAUGACACGAUAGACAGCGCCGGCAAAACAUCGUUUCGGGAAAUGAACGUCUCACGCAUAGAUAACACAUGGAUAGAAGUAGAGCCGGGAAUUACUACGACGUUCACGUUCGAAGAAAGAGGCAAGCUGAGACAUCACGCGACACAUAUUGUCAGGAGGCAUCAGAUCGCGGUUCUGGUUGAGGGGUGGAAACCGAUGGAUCCUGUAACUGUCGAUCGCGUAGGCAUUUACUUUCGACAUGCAACCGCUGACAUUGCCGGAUCUCGAUUUCAGAAAGCUAGAGUCGUAUUCGCUGUAGAGCUGGAAGGAUCCGCCAGAAAGUUAGUUACCGUUAGAUCAGCCCUUCAAGUGUCCAACAAACUAGCUCAUCCGAUUGAAAUAAGAAUGGAGAAAUCAUUAAAUCAACUGGAAUAUUUACCGUCGAUUUCAACUUCCGUCGGAAGAAUUCUGAAAGUGCCAGCGCAGUCGGUGAUGUCUGUUCCUCUGACGCAUACCGGAGUGCAGAUGUGCUUCAAACCAGUUAUUUCAAAUUAUGCUUUUCAAUAUUGCAUGGAGUCGGUAGAUUGGACAGUAGUUAAGAAGCCUUUGGAAGUGACGGAAGAUUACAUUACUUGUCGGACUAAUCAAAAUAACACAUUUAGAAUGUGCGUGGCAAUAAGACGGAACAAUUAUCCUCUCGAUUGCAUGCAAAUAUUUCCGGCACAUAUGAUUACAGUAAUGGCUCCUGUAACAUUGACAAAUUUAUUACCACACGAAUUGACAUAUGAUACGGAUACGGAGGGCGGCAGAAUUGCACCCGGCUGCAGUGCGGAUUUGCACUGCGUUGAUUUGAACGAACAAUUGGAAAUUACGAUUCAAUUGGACUAUUAUCCAGGAGCUGGAACGAUAAUAUUGCCACCGAACAGCUCUUCUUUUACUGCCCGCGUUAAACUACUCGAUUCCGCCAGCAGAAUACUCUAUCUACAAGCAGCUAUGAUCGUAGAAAAGGGUUCAGCUGUACAGAUAAAUAUUACCGCACCUUAUUGGAUAGUAAACAAGACUGGUUUGCCGUUAGUAUUCAGACAAGAAGGAGUCGGUAUCGAGGCAGCUGGACAAUUCGAGGAGCAUGAAAGAGCAAGAAUGUUUGCACCGUUGCUAUUUUCAUUCAGCGACGAGGAGGCCAGUAGAACUUUGUCGGUGAGAGUCGGCACUGAAGUACAUCCUUACGGCAUACCGCAGUGGUCUCAACACUUUCAUCUGCAGCCUGGAAUUCAUGUUCAUCGUCUGAGAAUCAGUCUGCGCGAUGGUAGACCUGAUAAAGUCUACUUAAUUAGCGUAGCUACUCGCACAGCAAGAGGAAGAUACAGAGCUACUACAGUAGUUACGCUAUCGCCGAGGUACCAAUUACACAACAAGUCGUCGUAUACAUUAGAGCUGGCGCAAAAAUGUUUCACAACAACUGUCUCAAAUCCGGAUGCUCAAGCAACGUAUAUAACGAUCACGCCCGAUUGUCACAUGCCCUUUCAUUGGCCACGACUGGAUAAGGAUCUGUUGCUCUGCGUUAGGAUCACCAACGUUUCUGAUUGCAUGUGGUCAGGAGGGAUUAGACUAGAUGACAAUUACUCGUUAACUAUUAACAUUAGAGACAUAAAGGGAAAAAUGCAUUUUCUAAGAGUAGAUGUAGUGCUGCAAGAGACCACUUAUUUCAUUGUAUUCACUGACGCCGACACUAUGCCACCACCUAUAAGAGUAGACAAUUUCUCGGAAGUUCCCUUACUUGUUAAUCAGAUUGAAGUUGUCGAUAGUCUACAAUGGACCGUAAGACCACAUUCGUCAGUACCAUACGCCUUGGAUGAACCAAUACAAACUGCUGGUUUAGUGCUAACAGCACCUGGUGGUGUGACAGCUUCUUACGAUUUAAAUGCCCUUGGAGAAGGCAGAGGAUUGACUUAUGAAAAUUUUAUUUACAUUGCGCUUACAGGUACUUUUAAAACUGAUUCCGAUCUCGAGACAGGCGAGAAUGAUCUGGAUCCAUUGGAUGUAGAAACUCAGAGAUUAGUCUUGGAAGCUAACGCCAACGGUUCAGUCAUUCUUCGAAGAAAACAAUACGGCGAUAGAUCGCAACUUUGGAGAAUGACUAGCGAUGGGCAAUUGCAGCAUGAAGGUUCUAGUCCACCGAGAGACAAACAUUCUAGAGCUUUAGACACGAUAUACGUUUUGGACAUAGCAGGCACCGCACCGCAACCGUUCACGUAUUGCGCUCUAGCCUUGAAGAAACCCGAUCCUAGACGAAAAUCGACACAAACCUGGCGAUUCACCGACGACGGACGCCUAUGCUGCGCGCAUAAGAAUAUGUGUGUUCAGUCGAAAGACGGCUUUAUGGGAUUAUAUGAAGGCGGCAGUGUCGCCCGUUGGCAAAUGUGGAGCGAAGCUGUAUUAGGUCCUCUAACGCCUAGCAAUCCACCACCUAUCGAACAACGAGUGGGCAGACAAAAGUUGCGGCCAGGAUCUGGAUUCUUAUCGGUUAGAGUGACCACCGACGGACCUACUCGCGUUCUCCAAGUUCUGGACAUAAAGGAAAGAAAGAUGUUUGCGUUGCUCGAAGAACGCGAUUGGUCGCAUAUCGCCGUGAGUCAUCGGCCUACUCAGAUCGAUGCUGACGUAAAGAAAUCAGAUUCUAGCGAAUUAGAUUUGACAGUGAAUCUGUCGGCUGGCCUCGGAUUGUCUAUUGUAUCACAAAGACCUGUAGAAGAGUUGUUGUUCGCACGAUUAGCUCAAAUAUCUUUGGAUUUAUCACAGAAUCCGUUAAACGCCACAUUGAAUUUGAGCAUUGGCGAUGUGCAAAUUGACAAUCAAUUGUUUGAGGCACAAUGCACAUCUGUUUUAUUUGUAACUCGAUCAUCCCGCACGGAAGACGAGAUACGACCCGCCCUUCAAUUAGUGGCAGAAAAACUGCAGUCGAAAAAUCAGAAUGCCGAGAUAUACAAACACUUUAUAGUAAGCGUGAAACCUUUAUGUGUACAUUUAGAAGAGAAAUUUAUAUUGAAGCUAGCAGCAUUUCUCGGAAUUGGUAAGUCAGAGCUGGAAGUGCCGGUCGACGAGAAUGAUUUUAAGGCGCAAAGAAUUAUCUCAGAGGUGUCCGCUGCACACGCUAAGAGAUAUUAUUUUGGCACUCUGAAACUCGUUCCUAAUCAGGUAAAGCUUAGCGUGCUCACUACAACAAAGUUACCACAGCAUCUGCAAGCUGUAAAAAGAAAAUUGGGCCUAACUCUGAUCAAUUUUGAAAAUGCUACUAUCGAAUUAGAACCGUUCGUUAAAAAACAUCCUUUCGAGAGCAGUCAAUUUUUGAUACACUCCAUCGUGAAACACUAUAAAGAUGAAUUAAAAUGGCAAGCCGCGGUUAUUCUAGGUUCCGUAGAUUUUUUGGGAAAUCCUCUUGGAUUCAUGAAUGAUGUUACAGAAGGCGUUUCCGGUCUUAUCUAUGAAGGCAGCGUGAAGAGUCUAGUAAAGAAUGUGACGCACGGUAUUUCGAAUUCGGCGGCGAAAGUUACAGAGUCUCUAUCCGAUGGCUUGGGAAGAGUGAUCAUGGAUGAGAGACAUGAAGAAGCUAGACAGAGAAUUCGAGCUAACACGACAGGCAGUAGUGAUCAUUUGGUAGCUGGUUUAAAGGGAUUCGGUUUUGGUUUAUUAGGCGGUUUUACCAGUAUAUUCAAACAGACUUAUGACGGCGCGUCUAAUGAAGGUUUUCCGGGUUUUUUCGCGGGUUUUGGAAGAGGAGUAGUAGGCACUAUAACGAAACCCGUUGUCGGAGUUUUAGAUUUGGCAACGGAAACAGCUACUGCUGUACGAGAAACAAGUAGAAGCGCCAGUCGCGCCAUACCAAAACGUGACCGACCGCCACGUGUUGUCAGUGGUUCUACCGGAUUGCUGCCGCCAUAUAGUCGUCAGCAGGCUGAGGGUCAGGAGUUCCUGUACAGUAUUAACAAUCGCGAUUAUUCCGAACUCUUUGUUGCAUAUGAAUGUUUGUGUAGCGGCGCAGAAAAUCUCAAAGUGCUUGUGUCGAACGAGAAAGUGCGCAUUAUUUCAGGCGGCACAAAAGCAGUAGUGACUGAAGUCAGCCUGGCAGAUCUUUUAUGUUGCCAGCCGAUGCAAAAGCUGCAAAGCAAUAAUAUCACGUUGCAUUAUAUAGAAUUAGUAUCUAGAUUCGAUUCGUCAGCUGCUGUCAAUCUUGACGGAGCUGAAUUAUACCGACGACCGAAAGUGCGCUGCGACAACGAAGAGGUAGCGAAACGCGUAUCACGACAAAUCAAUUAUGCCAAAGGAAUGCAUGAAGAACGCAGUUUGACAUUAUCAUCGUCGGAUAAUAUGUUGGAUGACGUGCAAUAUUACAAAUAAUUGUACAGAUAAAUUAUUUCCGUGAUAGUGUCCAGUCUUGUUUCCGACUCGGGGGUUUUCACGGAUUAAUUCUAGUCAAGUUCCAAAUUUCUCUUUUGUAGAAGGCACAGAAUCAAUAAUCGUUGAGUUACGUUUAACAUUAGAAUUUUGAGAUAACGGUUACGCUUGACGUUUUAAGUUUCUAAGAAGACUGAUGCACAAAGACCUUGAUCGUAACUUGAUUCUUCUUGCAAUUGUGUACAUAGGCAAGCAGAAAGCACAGAAAGUUUUGAUACAAAAAAGAUAAAAUGUAAAAAUGUGAGAUGUAGACUGCAAAUUAUAAACACUAGAAAUAUUUUUUAAUAAUGUAUAUAUGUAUAUACAGGGUCUUCCUAUAAAAGUACUGCAUCGCUAAAACAUCUCAAAAACAAUCACUAAUAAUAAUAACUAUGUAAAAAGUGAAGGUAAGGUUUAAAAAAGUGUUAAGUUUAAAAUAAUUUAUGAGUGAUAAGUGCGAAUUUGGGUGGAUUUUCCAAGAUUAUGUGACGGUCACGGUAAAUAUUUUAAACAAAAAUUCGUAUUUUUCUUACAGCUGACGUUGAGGUGUUUUUAAAAUGGUAUAACUUAAUACGUUUUAGUUAAGAGAACUCGUUGAAUUAGAAGUUCUCAAAGUUUGAAUACCAGCCAGCACUAUCCUGUAUAUACUUAUGUACAUACGCAUGAGCGCGCAAAUAUAUGUAUGUAUGUAAUGGUUUUUUAAUUCCUCGAUUUUGCACUUUACAGAAGUUUUGUCUUAAAAUCAAUCCUUUUAAUUAAAAGUGAUAGUUUAAAGAAAAUUUAAUGAGAAAUUAUGAGUUAUCCUACGAGAGUUUUUAAACUCAAAACUACAAAUUUUGUUACGCCUUUAUAAUUUUUAAUUACCUAUAACACUAAACCGAUACAUCGGCUUUGAAAUACGAUUGUAAAAUAUACCAUUCUUCUUCAUGAUAUUAUCUCAGUUUCUAUAAUUACAGAGUAAAUUUAAAGAUACAUGAGAUGUACAUACAUAUAAGCUGAUAUUCAUAGUCUGAUCUUAUAUGUUUAAGAUUGUCUUACGCUUUAUAAAAGAAACUGUUAUUGGCUACAAUCUUAAGAUUACCCUUAAAAUGAUCGGAUUACGAAUACCAUAGAUUAAAGUUGUUCACAACACUUGAUAUAUGUUACGAAAGAAUCUACUUAACGCAAUAUAGAGAGAUAAUUAAAUUAGUGCUUUUAUGUGUGGGAGUUAAUGAAGCUUAUAUAGUUUCUUUAAAUUUAAUAAGUACAGGUAUUACAUGGGAUGUAUAUUUAUUUUCUUUUUGAAAGAUUUUUUAAUAGCAUAUUUUUGUUUUAAUUAUGCACAUUGAUUUUUAUGCACAUUAUAUUUUUUUUUGUUUAGUAGUAAUAUUUACAGAUAUAAAAAAGGAACAGACUGUGCUUCAAGCAACGUACAGUAGGGAGCACCAUAUCGUGCGGCUCCAGGAGAAGUAUUUUUCGGGAAUUUCUCCUUUGACUGCUUCUACUGUCGCGCGUCGUUCUCCUUCGAUCUCUGCCAGCAGCCCGAGAUCGAAGGAGAGCAGCGCGCAGUAAUAGGAGCAGCUAGAAAAAAAAUUUCCGAGAAAUACUUCCCCUGGAGCCGCACGAUAUGGUGUUCCCUACUGUAUCUUCUUUGUAAGAAAAAAUGCAAUAAUUUUGCUUAAUUUUUAUCUCUUUGUUUAGUAAAAUACUGAUUGCGAUCAAAGUAGUGCUGUAAAUGUUUUGAAAUGUUGUUGUAUCUUUAUUUUACUAGGAAAUAAAAUUAUAUUUAUUAGGAAAUAUAAAAAUAAAAUAAUGUUUUCGAAAUAUUUAUAGCGCUAAUUGACCGCAAUUAAAAUUAAGGAAACGUGAAAAAAAAGGGAGAGAGACACAAAUGUGAAUGUUAUCAAAUAGCGUAUUUAUAAGAAAGAGAUAAAAUACUCAAGCAAUAUAUAAUGUGUUCUUUGCGUAAAAUAUUAUAGAUACUAUUUGGAAACAAUUCAGAAUGAUAAUUCCUGAAAAUUCUUAUCUAUUAUCUCAAAUUUCGUACAUAUAGUUUUUUUUUAGAUAAAAUAUCUCAGAAUUUUUUUAGUUAUUUGAAAACUACAGUAAUUUUCUAACACUUUUUGCAUUUUU